AUGGUGCCCAUCAAGGUUGUUGGGCUCAAGCAGGCCAACCGUUGGACCUACCUUCUGGACAACGCUAGGAUCAGUCGCCGCUCUGAAUCAAUCUGGCAUCAUCAGCACACAAACCAGCACAUCGAAGCAGAACUACCAACGCUGGGUACCCUCAGCGAACUCGCGCAGAAAGCGGAUACCCCCCUGACCAAUCCCACCAGCCAACUGCUCAACUCCCCACAACCCAGCCAAUUCAUUGAGAUCCGGAUCGCGCAGCUCGAAAAGGAGCGGAUUGAUGUCGAGAACGAGCUCAGCAAAAGCUUGAAAGAACGGCCCAAUCAGAUCGGACAUCUGCGCAACCAGGCCCGGCUUGCAUCCCUCAAAUAUCACGAUAGUCUCAAACAAAAUCAGGGAAUCUUGCAGAGUGACGCCCAAAUCGAUCCCCUCAAAACUCAGCUCAAAGCCGCCCUUCUGGCUCGGGACUUGCAGACGGACUCCAUCGCCAGCUCAAAACAACCACUGGAAGAGGUGCAAACCGAGCUGAAAACAGCAACGGAAGAGCUCGCACAAAGGAGAGUGGAGAUGGAGGAGAAAGGCGUCGGCUACUUCGCCAAUUUGUCACCAAAACCGCCCACCGGCUCGUCUCAACUACCGGCCACACCCACAACGACAAGGACCCCGGCCCUUGGAGUCGAUGCUGCCCAGCCCGAUCUCUUGACCCAUCAGCGACACCCCGCCUCCGCACCCUCCUGCUCUCCCUCCCCCCAUGCCUCCCACAUCCCUCCCAUCACGCCGCCUCUUCCCCAGUCCUCGACGCUUGUUGACCCUGCUGAUCAAUGCUCUCAACCACCAAACAGCCUAAAAUUUUACCGAGCUUGGACAGCCUCCCCCGUUGACAUUGAACUUGACUCGUCUGCCCUCUCCUUGGCCUCCUCACCUUCCGGCUCCACACCCCGGGGCUCACAUGUGCCCAGCUCUCCGAGAUGGUGGUUUGGGAAGUGGCCUUUAGUCCUGGAACGCGCCCAGAAGCCGCUCGCGACCGUCGAGGGCUUAGUCCUCCCACUGCUGAAAUCUGCCCGGCAGCUUGACGCCAAAGAUGUCUGGACAGAGGACCUCGACAGACACGCAAGUCUGCCUGCGCUCGCAGCGGUUGAGUUCCUGGCGGAAAUGUACGCCGGCGCGGGUGGCAAGAUGCUGAUGUAUUGCUCUUUGCGUAUGCCUCCUAUUUGGUCAAAAAGGAUCAUUGUGGCUCUGGACCCAACGGCCAAAUCCAUGAAUCGGGCCUAG